ACCGCGCCACCCAUUGUUGUCGCUUCUCACUUCUCACUCACCAACCAACCCAACCGAGCAACUUGGCUCGUACCGUACGUACUACCUGCUCCGACACGCCGAGGAGCUAGAGAGGACCGCGCGCGUGCUGCUGACCUGCGGGAGCUAGGACAGACACGAUACGACAGAUACCAUGUCGACGACGACGACGAAGGCGAGCGACCCGGGGUCCGCGUGGUUCGGCAGCGGUGCACGGACCCGGUCGGCGGCGGGGAUAAGCCACAACGCGCGGCUCGUCACCACCGCGGUCGCCGCGUUCGUGUCCGUGCUCGGCCUCGCCCUCUUCCUCCACCUCUACGUCUGCCACGUGCGCCGCCGCAACCGCCGCCGCGCGGCGGCAGUGCUGCCGACGACCACGGCCGCCGCGGCGGCGGCGGCGGCCCCGAAGCGCGGGCUGGAUCCCGCGGCCGUCGCGGCGCUGCCGACCGUCCUCUACAGGGACGCGGGCGGCGCCGACGAUGGCGCCGAGUGCACCAUCUGCCUCGGCGCCGUGCAGGAAGGCGAGCUGGUGCGGGCGCUCCCGGCCUGCGGCCACGUGUUCCACGUCCCCUGCGUCGACACCUGGUUCGCGUCCAGCUCGUCGUGCCCGGUCUGCCGCGCCGAGGUCGAGCCGCCGCCGCCGCCGGCACUGAGCUCAUCGGCUCUGUUCGUGCAGGCGGAGAAGGUGGUGCAGGACGCCGUCAAGGAGGAGGCCGGCAGCUCCACGCCGGAGAGGGGGAUCGGUGCCUGCGCGUCGCUGAUGAAGAUGCUCAGCAGGGAGAGGCCGGCGCCGCGGAGGCCACACGCCGACGCCGGGGACUUGGACGACUUGGAACGGCAGCAGCAUUCUGUUGCCGUCAAUAAUUAGCCUAUUGUUUUUUAUUAGAAAAAAAAGGAAAGAAAGGCGGCCUUUUUAGUCUGGUCGUUCUCCACAUCAUUUGUAUAUCCCGCAUUUGCGUGAGUGGUGCAGUAGUAAGACAGGUCUGUGACUGUGAGCUCUUGACUUUUUUUGAUGAAUGUAAGAGCCCAUUUCAAAAGAAUUGGUAUGGUUCGAAUCUC